AUGAGGUUCGAAAUCGCGUGCUACAAGAACAAGGUGGUCUCCUGGAGGACGCGCGUCGAGAAGGAUUUAGACGAGGUGCUGCAGAGCCAGACGGUGUUCUCCAAUGUCGGGAAAGGCACGCUCGCCAAAUCCAAGGACCUCGUCGCCGCGUUUGGGACGGACGACCAGGAGAAGGUGUGCCUUGAGAUUCUGGAGAAGGGGGAGUACCAGGUUUCUGAUAAGGAGCGGGAGAUGCAGGCAUCCGCGUUAUUGAGGGACAUAACAUGCCUUGUAACGGAGCGAACAGUGAACCCUGAGACGCACCGGCCGUAUCCGGUGGGCAUCGUGGAGAAGUUUAUCCGCGACAUCCAUUUCUCCGUCGACCCCAAUCGAUCCUCCAAGCAGCAGGCCCUGGAUCUUAUCCGCCAGCUGUCGAAGCGCUUUCCCAUCACGCGGGCGCGGAUGGAGCUGCGCCUCGUGCUGCCGUCUGCCGCGCUGCCAUCAGUGCAGGCGGAGCUGCAGCAGAUGGGCGCGCUCAUGCGCUCGCAGGCGCAGCCGGUGGACUCCGCCCAAAACGCACCCGCGCAGGUCUCCAUGGUGUGUCAGAUUGAGCCGGGCAGGUUCCGAGAAGUAGACUCGCUGAUGCAGCGAGUGAGAGGGCGGCUGGAGGUGCGGGCGGCAGCAGUGCAGCAAGAGGGCGACCUAUCCUUUGACUCGCUCGAUGAAUCCGAAGCCACUGUUGCUGGCACUGCCAUGACGGCACAUGGAAGGGGGGCAGCAGCAGCAGCAGGAGCGGCAGAGGAUAGGGGAACCCAGGCAGGCAGGGAUCAGGUGCAGAGUGGGGUAGAGGCUGGGGGAAGGGGAGGUGGGAGGGCAGGUGGUGGUGGUGGUGCUGCUGGAGGAGAUGCUGAUUUACUCGUAGAUGCAGAUACUAGAGCACUGGGGGGUGUUGCUGUUGCGGAUGGGGUUACAGGAGGUGGUGGUGCAGCAGGUGGUUCAAGUGCGGGAGGUAGAGCGACCGGGCGGCAGCAGCGGUGCAGCACAUGCGGGGAUGGAGCAACGCUUGAUGACACAAAGUUCUGUCCGUCGUACACCUCCUCUUCCCUUCCCUUCCCGUCACUCAGCCUUGAUUCAUCGCCCUUCCCUUCCCUUCCCAAUCCGAUCCCUUCCCUCCCCGUACUAAAACUUCCCUUAGGGUACUUCCCUAGCCGCGCCAGUCCCUCCCCUGCAAGUACCGUCACUUCCCCCUCCCGUCGCCUCCAUUUCCCCCUCCCGUCGCCUUCACUCCCUACUCUCGUCGUCGCCUUCACUCCCUACUCCCGUCGCCUUCACUCCCCCCUCCCGUCGCCUUCACUUUCCCCCCCGUCGCUCUUCCCUUUUCCCUCCCCUCGCUCUUCACUUCCCCCUCCCGUCUCCUUCACUCCCCCCUCCCAUCACCCUGCUCAUUCUCCCGUCGCCCUCUCUUCCCAGGCUCACCCUGUUUCCCCUGCUCCUUCGCUUCCCCCCGGCUCUCUUUUUCUGUCUCCCCUGCUCACUCUCUUCCCCCUCUCCCCCCCAAUCCCCCACCCCCUCUUCCCCCACUCCCCCCCCCCGGCCUUUCCCCCACUCCCCCCCGUCCUUUCCCCCACUCCCCCCCGUCCUCGCCCCACUCUCCCUCGCCCUUUUCCCCCUCAUAAUCCUCCCUUCCCCCGCGCCACCCCUCUAUUUCCCUCACGCUAA